CGGUGGUACAUAGGGGAGGAACCUUUCGUCCAGCAAACAACAACGACGGCGUCCACCACGACGACGACGACGGCAGCGCCACCGAAGACGGACGGAGAAAGGAGGUUAAAUUUAAGUCCGACUCCGGUCUGGUCCACGGACGUCACGAUGAACUACGGCAGGAAAACGCCGUCGACGUACCGGUCGACGCCGUCCGUCUACUCGCACAUCACCAGCCGAUCGCAGUCCAACCUGCACUCGCAGCGUUCGCGCUCGAUGAAGUCCGUCCGGAUACCGUGGUACCAGAAGCCGCUGCUGCACAACAACAAGUAUCUGGACAUCCAGCGGGGCGCGUUCAUCAUGGGCCUGUUUGCGAUCUUCGUCGCCAUCUUCACGAUCGGCACGGCCGUGUUCGACAUCUACUGCCUGGCGCUGGCCGCCCCCGGCUCGUCCCACUACGGCUACUACAUCAUCUCGUACGAGUUCGUGUACGUCGGCAAUGUGCACGUGCGGAACGCGCUGAUGGUGGCCGCCCUGUUCUCGCUGAUCGGCGGCCUGGUGGUGCUGGUGACGAGCAUCAUGCUGGUGCACGCCCUGCGCAAGGAGUACGAGUCGAAGAUCGUACCGUGGCUCUGGUCGUUCGCCAUCUUCACGCUGUUCCGCUUCCUGGCGUUCCUGUUCUUCUCGAUCGUGAACGAUCUGAUCUUCGCGUACAACAUCCUCAUCACGCUGAUCUGGAGCGUCGUCAUCGUCGCGUCCAUCUACGGCUGGCUGCUGGUGUACUCGCUCUACCUCGAGCUGGCCGACCUGACCAAGCUGGAGGACCUGGCGCACCUGCGAAUGGGUACGAUGCAGUCGCUCAAUGCGUCCGUGGCACACUCGUUGGCCGGUUCGCGGCCAACGACCCCGCACAGUACCGUGUCCACGAUGCCGGUUGGCGACACGAAGUUCGUCUAGACGCCAUCCCCAUGCAAGCCAGCCUUCCUGCCGUUCACACGACACUCAAUCCGUCCACAACCACAAGCCAAGGGACCUGCUGGUCUUAUCGUUUAUAAGCUUUUUUUCUCUUCU